GCUUGCCCAGGCUUCAGGAGAGGAAGUAUAACAUUUUAAUGGACACCUCCAUGAGGAUCGCUCUGUGAAAUGGCAUCAGACAGUGAAGUGAAGAUGUUACUGAAUUUUGUGAACCUGGCCUCCAGCGACAUCAAAGCAGCUCUGGACAAGUCAGCUCCCUGCCGCCGCUCUGUUGACCACAGAAAAUAUUUACAGAAGCAGCUCAAGCGGUUUUCUCAAAAAUAUUCCAGGAUCCCAAGAAGUCACCCCAGCAAGUCCAUGGAAUCCAACAUGAAAAGAGGAGUGGAGGACAGAAAUCGUAGCUCCCACCCAGAUGCCCUGGAUCCUAAUCCCUGUAGAGCUACCAGUGAAAAGGCACUGAGGGGAGCAGAGGUGGAGGAGAACCUCAGUGGAGAGCAAGGGUUGCAGGAGCAAAGUCCAGAGUCUGCUAGGCCAGAUCAGGUGCCCAUGAGGAAAAGACAGCUACCAGCUUCCUUCUGGGAAGAGCCCAGACCCGCUCAGAGUCUGAUGGUUGGGAGCUUUCCUGCAGGACUUGAUGGGCUCCCAAAGUCCAGGGACCUUCCUUCUUAUGAGGGGAAGAAAAGCAAAAAGAGCCCAGAUGCCACAGGGCCAGAGAGCCCCCCAGUGCCUGUCCAACCUAGCGGGGAAAAAGAGCCUAUCAAAGUGCCUGGGACAUCCCUGUCUGGCCGGAUGAAUGCCUGGAGCUGCUGUCCAUUUCAGUACCAUGGACAACCUGUUUACCAAACCCCAGGAGCCCUACCUCAGUCGCCCUUCCCAGGCUUGGGGCUGUGGAGGAAAAACACAGCACCCCAAGGGGAAAUCCAACACUUCUGCAAAGAGACAGAUGCCACAGGGCAGAAACUAUAUAGACCGGUGGUUUUGAAACCCAUCCCUACCAAGCCAGCAGUACCACCUCCUAUUUUCAAUGUCUUUGGAUAUAUUUAGCCUAAGGGAAGGGAGGAGGGUUGUACUAUGUACAGUAGCUCUUUAAGUUGAAAUGGAAAUGUAACUUCAUACUGUGGCCUAUCAGCUAGUCCCACUGUGGAGCAAAGGAUGUUUUCUAUCUAUAAAACAAGCAGCUAACACGCUGCUGCUUCUUUUGCCUGAAAUGCACAGACUGGAUAAUAUAAAUACCAACUUUUAAUGCAUUUGGCCUGAUUCUCCUCUCACUACAUUGGGGGCAAAUCAGGAAUAGCCCCUAUUGAAGCCUGUGGAGCUAGAUUUGGGGAGAAUUAGACCUCUUAUGUUUAAGAUAAUUGCUUGAGCCUUGGGCUAAGAACCAUUGGGAAUCUUCACUUGUAAUGCUUCAGAGAGAUCCUACAUGUGGGAAUGUCUUUCCAGGGAUGCCCUUCAUAUUAGCAACACUGAGAUGAAAUGAUUAAAACCAUAAAAGAAUCUCUUGUAUUUUAAAGUCAUUCUAGGGAAAUCAAAAUAUUCAGGUAACUUUGUUUUGCAUGUGAAAGACUGAAAGGACAAUAUUUAACACAGAAGACAAGUUUGUAAAUUGAUUUCAGCUCUUCUCACCUGUAAAU